GCCUUAAGUCACGCUGAGCCAACACCGUCCGUCAACGUCAUGAGAACGUCUCCCCACCAUAUCGCAAUAUAAGAUCUAUAGACGAUAGGCCGUAGCCCACGAUCCCCGGACGACAUCGUCACUUUUAUUUGCUCCCCGCACGAACUUCAGAGCCAGCCGAACAACAACAUCCCUCAAGUGUCUAUAGUUUCAGUAGCAGAAGAAACAGCGCAGAACUGCGAUUCUUGAGCCAUGUCGAGCACCGCCACCAACUCAGACACCCUUUACACCACCCUGAAGACGGAUCGUUCCAUGAAGACGGCUGAUUCCAUGAAGUCCGUUCGUUUCCACGGACCGGGGGACAUCCGAGUCGAUGUUGUCGACGAACCUGUGUGUGGGAAGGGGCAGGUGAAGAUGCGUCCAGCGUAUGUUGGGAUCUGCGGUAGCGAUCUCCACGAAUACAAUGCAGGGCCGGUAUUGAUCCCGAAGAAGCCACACCCACUCACGGGGACCUCCUACCCGGUUACACUGGGUCAUGAGUUCGGCGGCAUCGUUGAAGAGAUCGGAGAGGGCGUCACGCAUGUAUCCCCCGGACAACGGGUCGUCGUGCGACCGACGAUCUACGAUGGGACGUGCCGGGCCUGUCAGAUGGGCUACAAUUACUGCUGUGAGAAUAUCGGGUUUAUCGGAUUAUCAGGAUACGGAGGCGGUCUAUCCAAAUUCAUCGUCGCACCGGGAGAUCACUUCAACCCCAUCCCGGAUAGCAUCUCGCUGAAGAGCGCAGCGCUCAUCGAGCCCUUGGCGGUCGCAUGGCACGCCGUCAACGUCUCCCCACUUAAGCCCAACGACCGGGUCUUCAUGAUCGGAAGCGGACCGAUCGGGAUUGGCGUCAUCCAGGUGCUGAAGCUGCGCGGGGCCGGGCAGAUCAUCGUGUCCGAGAUGAUGGGCAGCCGGAAACGACAGGCGGUUGAAUUCGGCGCGACAGACGUCUUGGAUCCCCGCGAGGUGGACGUCACGCAGCGGGUGCGGGAGCUCACGGACGGCAUGGGCGCGGAUAUCAUCUUCGACACGGCGGGGGUGGAAGUCGCGCUGAAUGGCGCGAUCGGCGCCUGUCGGAGUCACGGGACGAUUGUGAACAUCGCUGUGUGGGAGAACCGACCGGCUAUCCGGGUGAAUGACCUGAUGUACAACGAGGUGAAGUAUACGGGAUCGGCCCUGUAUGAUGAAGCAUCCUUCCAGGAUGUGAUCCGCGCGUUGGACCAAAAACAACUGCAGCCGGAGAGUAUGAUCACGACGACGGUCAAAAUGGACGACGUGGUUGAGAAAGGAUUCAAGGCGUUGUUGGAGGACCGAGAGAACUACUGCAAGAUCCUGGUGGAUGCGCAGGGAUGUCAGUGAGCUAGCUACGUGAGUGACGUCUUCUUGUACGGAUAGUAGGGUAGCAAAUAGUUGUAAUAAUAGUGGACUAUCUCCUAUCAGGAUCCGUU